AUGAAGUCGUCUCUGUUCCUCGCGGCCGCCAGCGCCAUGCUGGCCACGGCCAGUCCCCUUGGAAAGCGCGCCAUGCACACCGACUGGGUUUAUGAGGUUGUCACCGUGACGGUCACCGCCGGCGCCCAAGCUGCUGCCGUUCCCACGGGCGUCUUCGUGGAGCACAAGCACACUCCCAAGCCCAAGCCCACGCCAACUUACGUCCCUCCCCCUCCCCCGCCCGUCAGCAAGCCCCAGACCACGACCCAGGCACCCCCUCCCCCUCCCCCUCAGACGACGACCAGCGUUGCCCCCAAGCAGCCUGCCCCUGAGCCUAAGCCUACGACUUCUGCCGCGCCGGCUCCGGCUCCGGCCCCUCCCAGCGACGGCAGCUACGAGUCGACCAUGCUUUACCGCCACAACAUUCACCGCAGCAACCACUCUGCCGGUGAUCUGACCUGGGACUCCACGCUUGCUCAAUACGCUGAGAACACGGCCAAGACCUGCGUCUUCGAGCAUGACAUGAACCAGGGCAGCGGCGGCUACGGCCAGAACCUUGCCUCUUGGGGAACCAGCGGCGCCCUUACCGACGACUCCAGGAUCAAGGCUGCCGCGGGUGGCGUGUCCAACCAGUGGUACAACAGCGAGAUGCUCAACUGGCAGUUCUAUGGCCUGGACAACCCUCCCUCAAGCUCCAGCCUCUACGAUUGGGGCCACUUCACCCAGGUUGUCUGGAAGGACGUUACCAAGGUUGGCUGUGCUACGGUCAAGUGUGCUUCCGGCACCGUUCUCAGCAUGAACUCGUGGUACACUGUCUGCAACUACAACCCCCCUGGCAACUACGGCGGCCAGUAUGGCAAGAACGUCCUCAAGCCUCUGGGCCACAGCAUCUCCAGCGUCAGCAUGUAA